GCGCCCCGCCUCCUCGGCUCCCGCCAUCGCUCCCCGCCAGUCUUCUUCUGCCCGCGGCGCCAUUGCCAGUGUGUGCGUGUCCCCGCACGGUACCGCGUCGAACCUGCUCCGCCGCGUCCAGCCGCCGCACCGCUCCCUCUGGACCAUGGCCACCGACUCGUGGGCCCUGGCGGUGGACGAACAGGAGGCGGCUGCCGAGUCCUUGAGCAGCUUGCAUAUCAAGGAAGAGAAAAUCAAACCAGAUGCCAAUGGUAUUGUCAAAACUGAUGAGAAUUCAGGGAAGACAGAUGAAGAAGAGAAAGAGGACAGAGCUGCUCAGUCCUUGCUCAACAAGCUGAUCAGAAGCAACCUUGUGGAUAACACCAAUCAAGUGGAGGUCCUUCAGCGGGAUCCGAACUCCCCACUCUAUUCAGUGAAGUCUUUUGAAGAACUUCGGCUGAAACCACAGCUUCUGCAGGGGGUCUAUGCUAUGGGCUUUAACCGGCCAUCUAAGAUACAAGAGAACGCACUACCCAUGAUGCUUGCCGAACCCCCACAGAACUUGAUUGCCCAGUCUCAGUCUGGUACUGGUAAAACAGCUGCCUUCGUCCUGGCUAUGCUCAGCCAAGUGGAACCACUGAACAAAUACCCCCAGUGUUUGUGCCUCUCACCCACUUAUGAGCUGGCUCUUCAGACGGGAAAGGUGAUUGAACAGAUGGGCAAAUUUUAUCCAGAACUUAAGCUGGCUUACGCUGUCCGAGGCAACAAGUUAGAAAGAGGCCAGAAGAUCAGUGAGCAGAUUGUAAUUGGCACCCCUGGCACUGUUUUGGAUUGGUGCUCCAAGCUGAAGUUCAUUGACCCCAAAAAGAUCAAGGUGUUUGUUCUGGAUGAAGCUGACGUGAUGAUAGCCACCCAAGGCCAUCAGGAUCAGAGUAUCCGCAUCCAGAGGAUGCUGCCUAAGGAUUGCCAGAUGCUGCUUUUCUCUGCCACCUUCGAAGAUUCUGUGUGGAGGUUUGCUCAGAAGGUUGUCCCAGACCCAAACAUCAUCAAACUGAAGCGAGAAGAGGAAACAUUAGAUACCAUUAAGCAGUAUUACGUUCUGUGCAAUAACCGGGAUGAGAAGUUCCAGGCACUUUGUAAUCUCUAUGGGGCUAUCACCAUUGCACAAGCCAUGAUCUUCUGUCAUACCCGCAAAACAGCUGGUUGGCUGGCAGCUGAACUGUCCAAAGAAGGCCACCAGGUGGCCCUCCUGAGUGGCGAAAUGAUGGUGGAACAGAGAGCUGCUGUGAUUGAGCGUUUCCGAGAGGGCAAGGAGAAAGUGUUGGUGACUACCAAUGUGUGUGCUCGAGGAAUCGAUGUUGAACAGGUGUCUGUGGUUAUCAACUUUGACCUGCCAGUGGACAAGGAUGGGAAUCCAGACAACGAGACGUACCUUCAUCGGAUUGGGCGCACGGGGCGCUUUGGCAAGCGAGGCCUGGCCGUGAACAUGGUGGACAGCAAACACAGCAUGAACAUUCUCAACAGAAUCCAAGAACAUUUCAAUAAGAAGAUAGAGAGACUGGACACCGAUGAUCUGGAUGAGAUUGAGAAAAUAGCCAACUGAAAAGCAUUGGCUAGAGUUGACCUACACCCUCUGGAUGUGCAUCUUCAGCUCCAUUUGGACUGUUUUUUUUUUUUUUUCAAAUUGGCACAAUUCUCAGCCAGUCACCAAAAAGGACUAAGGCGGGAAUACAUAGAAAUUACCUACCUCAUUUCAAAUUACGUUUGGACUUGACAGAAAAAAAUUGUGCAAAUAAUGGAGGGAGGUAGAAAGAGGAAAAAAAUGUUUACACAAGCUUUUAUGAUUAGGUAUAAAUGGACAGAAAUUACCUUUUGAACAAAUCUAUUUUAAACAACAACAAAAACAAAAAAGCCAUUGUGUUCCCAUCUUAAAGCUCUACUUAGAGAACUGUUAAAUCUAUCGAUAAUUUGGCUUCCAGUAUCCACUGUGGUAGCAUCUGGUUCUAUUCUCUAUUUCAAAGUGAGACAAGAAUAUCUUAAGGUGCCAACCAGUCUACGCAAACUGCCAAGGGGAUGGAGCUGAGGUAACAACUGAUAGAAAAGGCAGAGCUAAGAGGGGCCUCCUGGACAGCUUCAAAGCCAAAACGAAUUGGAGAGAGGUCCCCAGCUGGGAUGGAGCAGCUCUUUUCUCCCUGCUACCCACAGCACGAAGAAAUUGUUUUGGUAAUGAAAAGGACCCAUCAGAUCAGUAAAGGGGCUAAACCUCAGGCUGGAGGUUGGCUUCUACAAUGUUCCAGUAUCAAUUCAGCAACAUUAUCAUGGAAUCAUAGUGGCCCUAUUCCAGUGCCAGGUCAGUUAUACUAUGUAGUCCCCAAAAUGCCGAGGACUACAGGAAAUGCCCCAUGGAGGUGGGGGCAGAUCAUCUUAGGACUUGGGCUCUCCACCGGAACAUUGAAGGCAGCAGGUCUCUGCCUCUGUGACUUGAAGAUAGGAGACCUGGAAGAGGGACAUAGCAGUAGGACACCAUCACCACCACAGCAGUUUUGAGAGUUACAUGCCUUCAUUGUCUUGGCAAGGUGGCCCAGUUUUCUCAAUGAAAAUCAUGUCAGAUAUAGGACAUCACUGUGGCCUCUAAUAUAUGUACUGAAGAAAGGUUUCUACCAACAGUAGCAAUAGAAGUGGCUGGGCCAGCAAGGACAGCAAGGGUCUUUAAAUGUCCACCCUCUUCAACUGGGACCUCCACUUCCCUCACCAGCCCUCUCUCUCCUUCCUGGCUAUAGGGUGGCCAUCGGUGAAUUCUCAUGUUUUAUCUAAUUCUGAAGGUUCUCAGACCAUCCCUGGUCUCUUCUUGAUAACCAGAUGGAAGACCACCCCUAGCUGGGGAGGUAGUAAAGACAUGGAAAGGUGGGGGCAAUGAGAAGUCAUGACAGAUUUCUGAAGUAACCGAGUGCCUGCUCCCAAACCCAGAGUAGGACAGCUCAGUUGCCAUCAUCCCUCCUUAGGACCUUGGGGAAGAAGUGAUCAGCUCUCUGGGGAGAAACCUAGCCCAGAUCCAGAGGUUUUCCUGGAUGGUGGGAUUCCAUAUUCCACAGCCAAACCCAGCUGCUCUUAGAGGAAGAGAACCCAACUUCAACAACCAGUUGACCUAUUCAAAUCAGUCCUGUGGGAAGAACUCACCACCACCUCCUCCCCUGUGUUUGGUUUCUUUUGCCAGUGUGAGACAUGGGCUGGUAGAAUGUCCAAGGCUCAUAUACGUGUUGCUGGGAACCAUGUUUGUGAAGAGGUUUGGGUAAUGGGACCUACCUAUUCUCAAGCCUCUGUGCACCUGGUGCAAUAGGAGCCAAAUGGAUUGUCCUUUGGGUUUCUUCCGCAGCGUCAGCUCCUUGCUUUCUCCUUAGUGCUUUGCUGGAGGGGGAGUGGGGAAAUUCCUGAAGUCAUGGCCUUCUGCAGUCUGCCUCUGGCCUCACAUCACCUGUUGCUUCUUCCAACAUCGGGGGUGGAUUGUGACCUCUGGACGGAGACUAAAGUCUUAUUUCUGAUCUGUUUAGUCAUUGCCCUUGCUGAACGCUUUUUGAGUUUCUGCUUGCUUUGAUUUUCUUUCUGCCUCUUCUCCUCAGUCCUCUCCACGCCCUAGGAAAUCUCAUGACAGUCUUAACUUCUUCCUGUCCACGGGUGGAAUUGAGCCAGGGAUUAUGUUGCUCUUCUGCAGAGAUAGGGAAGCAAAAGAGCUAUAACCUAUUUUGAAUUAAAUAUUAUCUGGGAGAAGGUGAAAAGGGAGAAAAUCAGGCUAACUCCCCUGAUUGAAAGGGCCUCAGUUUCUCCUGUAGAUUUUAGACUUGAGCGGGGAAACCAGAAAGUGUUGUAAAGAAAACACUGGUAGCUGCUGGUCUCUGUCUUUAGAAAAGGUCAAGUAAGAAUGGGAAGCACCUGCCACCCUAUCUCUGGCUUUGUCUGGAUAUUGUUUUUAUCAUGGUGAUGUUUCCCCAAUCUCUAAAAAGAAAUCCUAUCAGAACACCAGCAUCACUUCAGAUACACAGUGUCUAUACUGCAGGAAAAUGUGGUCUCUAGAGGUGUGGAUGCAUCUUCCAUAUUUUCCCUAGUAUCAGCUCCUUGCGCUCUCCUCUUUGUGUCUUUGCUAGAGAUUGGGGGUUGGGAAGAGGAGUUAUGGACCAUCUCUGCUUCUGGGAAAGUCUAUGACUACCUUGAUGAAUCCUUAGGUUAUUUCCUGGGCACUUUAGCAGGGAGAAGAGGCUUUGGUGUCUCCUAACCCAGUGGACUGAGUUGGAAGAGUUGGUUUCUUUUUGGGGAAGCGGCAUCUUACACACUUUUAGCAGAACGGCUGGCCUGUGGUGGGUAUUCUCACAAGAUAACAAUCAGUAAAAGAUUCUGUUGUCUUUGAUAACUUGAGGGUCACAUAUUGAUUAUACGGUUAAGAAAUACUUCAUUGUAGAUCUCCUUUCCACUUAUGUUAAUAGAUUUUAACCAAUUAUGAAAAUCCUGUCACUAAAUUAUUCACAAUCUAGUUUUUAAUAGUGAAACCGAAUCAGUAAUA